AUGACCGGCCCGUAUUUCCUCGGGGUCGACGUCGGCACGGGCUCGGCGCGCGCCGCGCUCAUCGGACAAGAUGCACGAAUUCUCGCUCAACACUCGUCGCCGCUCAAGACGUGGCGCUACGAGGAAGAUCCCCAUCUGUUCGAGCAGUCUGGCGACCAGAUUUGGUCGGCGAUCACCGAAUGUGUGCGCCACGUCAUCCACGAUGCCGGCGUCGCUCCAGACGACGUGCAUGGAAUCGGCUUUGAUGCGACGUGCAGCCUCGUUGUCGUAGACCGCUCGUCGUACGCGCCAGUCAGCGUGACGCCGCCACACCUCGGCCGGCACGCCGAGCGCAAUGUCAUCCUGUGGGCGGACCAUCGCGCCGAGGCAGAGGCACUCCGCAUCAACGAAACGCACCACAAAGUGCUCAACUAUGUCGGCGGAACCAUGUCCCUCGAGAUGGAGAUGCCCAAGAUCCUAUGGUUGCGGGAGCACCUCGCCCCCGAGGCCUUUGCGCGCUGCGAGUUCUUCGACUUGCCCGACUACCUUACGUUCCGUGCCUCGGGCGCACGCGCACGGUCGCACUGCAGCCUCGUGUGCAAGUGUGGCUUUAUCCCUCCGGGCACCGCUGGGAGCACACUUGGCUGGCAGCCCGACUUUCUCGAGCAGGUCGGACUCGGGUGCCUCGCGCCAGACUAUGCACAGCUCGGUGGCGUGCCUGGUCGCCACGGCCUUGUGCUCACUGCCGGCAUGCCCGUCGGUGCGGGCCUGUCCGAAGCAGCGGCGAGCGACCUGGGCCUCCGGCCCCACACGCCUGUGGCGUCCGCCCUGAUCGAUGCCUACGCCGGGUGGGUCGGUACCGUCGCGGCCAGUUCGCUCGAUACUGCCGUGCCUCCUGCGUCGCUGCAGGACGCACACACACGCCUCGUGGCCAUUGCCGGCACCAGCACGUGCUACUGUAUCCAAAGUGCGGAUGGUGUACAUGUGCCCGGCGUCUGGGGACCGUACCACCACGCCGUGUUCCCCGGCCAGUGGAUGAACGAGGGGGGACAGAGCAGCACCGGCCAGCUGAUCGACGCCGUCUUGGAGACUCACCCCGCGUACGCGGCCACCCUUAGCCUGGCCCAAGCGCGUGGCGCAUCGGUGUUUGAGCUGCUCGAAGAGUCACUGGCGGCCCAGAUGCAUGCACGUGGCUGGGCCAUAUCGUCGCCCUCGUCGUACGCACGCCUCGUGUCGUAUGCGCACAUGUACCCUGACUUUUACGGGAACCGCUCGCCCCUCGCCGAUCCGCGUCUCCGCGGUAUGAUCAUCGGUCUCGACUUGGACCACUCGCGCGCGGAUCUCGCACGCAAGUACCUGCUGACGCUCGAGGCCAUUGCGCUGCAGACGCGGCACAUUGUCGACGAGAUGAACCAGAGUGGGCACCACAUCGAGGCCAUCUACCUCUCCGGCGGCGGGCAGGCGCGAAACCGCAUCUAUGCUCAGCUCGUCGCUGACGUGUGCGGCUUGCGUGUGCAGAUGCCGUCUGAGACAUCCGCUAGCGUGGUUGUCGGGGCGGCAAUCCUGGGCCACCUCGCCGCCGAUGUCACGCAUUCACGCGCCGGCACCGUCCGUGCCACCGAGUCGGUCCUCCCCACACAGGCCGAGGCCGACGCGGUGGCUCCGACGCACUCGGAGCGACUGUGGACCAUUAUGGCACAGGCCACACCGCCUGGCCAAUCUGUAUGGCCAACAGACGACAGCGCAUGGCGCGCUCACUUUGCUGCCAAGUACCGCAUCUUCCACGAGUGCAUCCAGCUGCAGCGCCGCUGGCGAGCCGAGAUGGACGCCGCGUGGCACUAG